CUGUCACCGUUCUCUGUAAUACAUAUGAUGAAGGCCUUGAUCGCUGUACUGUUGGUUGCCUGCGUGGCAGCAGAGCAGAAGCGCGAGGCUGAGCCUUCUUAUGGCCAUGGUGUGGGCUUGUCCUUUCCUCAUGGCGUUGUCAGCGGUCGGCAGUAUGGCGUCGGGUAUGGGCACGCAGCCAUAGCUCACCAUCCAUAUGGCGGUCGGUCCUUUGUCCAGAGCUACAGCCACAACCUCCACAAACGAGAAGCUGAACCUGGGUACAGCCAUCCAGCAUAUGGUUAUGGAUACGGCCAUUCCCAUGCAUUCGCACCAGCCAUAGCUCACCAUCCAUAUGGUGGUCGGUCCUUUGUCCAGAGCUACAGCCACAACCUCCACAAACGAGAAGCUGAACCUAGUUUCGUCCUGCCCUCAUAUGGUUAUGGAUAUGGUGGAGGCAUCGGCUAUGGUAUCGGUCAUAGCCUUGGAUACGGACCAGCCGUAGCUUACCACCCAUAUGGCGGUCUCUCCUACACUCGCUCCUACAACCACGUCCUCCACAAGCGUGACGCUGACCCAAGCUAUGGUCACACUCACGGUCUCACAGGAUCGGUCUACGGAUACGCUAGCUCCGUCACCCAUCCAGGAUACGGAUACUCGUACCAGCAGAGGCAUGGAGUAGUACCCGCACAUUACGCCUUAUACUAACUUCCUACUCGUAAAGAGGUUUAUCGUGCGAUAAUAAAACCUGAUUUUAGUACA